AGAUCUACUAGACUCUUCAGUGGGUCGAGCUGACUUUUUUUAUGAGUUUUUAGGUUGUGUAAGUGAAAAAUUAUCUUUAUGUUUUGUGAUAUCCAGUGAAAUUAAAGAUAAUAAGUUAUCGCCAAGUUUGUUCAAAGUAGACUCCGGGAUCCAAUAAGAAGUGACUUUCCUUUGCGAAAAAGAUGGCCGAGUAUGGAGGUGGAGUCGUUGCCACCACAGCAGGAUAUAAUGUGAGCGUGGCCAGCCUUAGAAAUAUUUACAUGACGACUACCAGCAACAACUCUGCUCAUGUGGACGUCAAAAAAAGGCCCACCAGCGAUAACUCAGCGGUUGUUGGCAGUAAAAUAAGGCCUACGAGCAGCCAUUUUGAUGGUGUGGACGUCAAAAAAAGGCAUACCAGUGACAAAUCUGCUGGUGUUGCGGUCAAAACAAGGCCUAUCAGCUACCAUUUCUCAGGUACUGAUGUCAAAACAAUGACUACCAGCGACAACUCAGCUGCUGUUGACGUUAAAACAAGGCCUACUAGUAACAAAUUUACUGGUGUUGACGUCAAAGUAAGGCCUACAGGUGAGAAGUCUGCUGGUGUUGACAUUAAAACAAGCUCCGUGAGCGACAAAUCUGCAGAUGUUGACUAUAAAAUAAGGCCUACCAGGGAAAUCUCUGCUAUUGUUAAUUCUGUUGGUAGAAUGUCACUCAAUAACACCAACCGUCCAACAGACAACAGAAACUCUGCUGGUGUUAAAUACCUCAGCAAAAUGUCAGUUACCAAAACCAAUCACUCUACAGACAGCAGCAACUCUACUGAUGUUAGCGUUAGUAAAAUGGCAGUCACUAACAACAACCACUUAACAGACACCAGCAACUCUGCUGAUGUUGUUAGCGUUAGUAAAAUAUCAGUCAGUACCACAAACCACUCAACUGAGAGCAGCAACUCUGCUGGUGUUGAUAGCGUUAGUAAAAUUUCAGUCACUAACAACAACCACUUAACAGACACCAACAACUCUGUUGGUGUUGAAAGCGCUCGUAAUAUGUCUCUUGGUAGCUCCAGCGGGAUCCCAGUGAACACUCCUGACGCCUCGACGAGUGAAACGAGCAUAAUUUCCGUCAAUAACAAUGUUCUGUCGAUUCAAACUGAUGUUGAGGGAGCCGUUCCAUUUAUCGCCAACGAACAAACUCCACAUGAUGCGCCCAAAUUCAACAAAAGCAAUUUGCUCCUUAGCUUGAGGAAGAAGUUUGCAUCAAACAAGAGCCAGAGCACCGCGGAGGGGGUCAGUGUGAGAGACGAGUUUGGUUUGAGUGAUGGAAGAGAAGGAAGUGAUGGUAAUGAAGCAAGUGAUUUAAGAGAGGAAAACGAUGGAAGAGAACUAAGUGGCAAGGAUAGGUUUUUAUCAGGAACGCUACCUUUGACGCGCAGCACAGCCGCUGGUCAGCAAAACUACUUUUCUCUGCGGAGGAUAAGGCAGGGCUCUGAUCCUCGGCUACAGACAUGCCGGGGGAAGCUUCAGAACACGCGAUCCAAACUCAACCUCGAGAUCAACAAGGAACUCAUGUUGCGCACCGGUGCUGAGAACUUGCUCAAUGCUACACAAAACAAGAAAAUGAAGGAACAAGUAGCAAUGGAGCUGCAGUUCUUCAACAGUAACCUGAUGCUUCUGAAGGAGCAGCUGGCUGAACUCAACAGCUCCGUGGAGAUCUACCAGGGCAACAAUUCCAGGUGCAGAAUCCCGAUGAUCCCUCUAGGCCUCAAAGAAACAAAAGAAAUUGAUUUCAGGCAACCUUUUAAGAACUUCAUAGAAGAGCACUACCACGAGGACCCUGACGAAUACGACGCAGCCAUCACAGACUUCAUGGAGCUCAGGGAGGCGAUGCGGACGCCUGAGCGGGACGCCUCGGGAGUGUCGCUCAUCUUCGCCUACUUCAACCAGCUCUACUUCAUCGACCGCCGCUUCUUCCCUCCUGACCGCUCGCUCGGCAUCUUCUUCGAGUGGUACGACAGCCUGACGGGCACGCCGAGCUGCCAGAGGACCGUGGCGUUCGAGAAGGCGUGCGUGUUGUUCAACCUGGCAGCGCUAUACACGCAGCUUGGUGCAAGACAUGACCGCACCACCGCCUCAGGGCUGGACUCCGCCGUCAACUGCCUUCUGCGCAGUGCCGGGGUGCUCAAGUACAUCCACGACACUUUCACCAACGCCCCUUCUAAAGACCUCAGCCCCGAGCUCCUUAAUGCACUCAUCAAACUCAUGCUGAGCCAGGCGCGAGAGUGCCUGCACGAGAAGGCCGCCCUGACGUGCGACGACACCACUGAGAGCCUCCUGGAGCUGUCGCAGGAGGCGGCGCACACCUCGCACGAGUACACCGAGGUGUACGACGCAAUGAACGUGGCGGUGGUGCGUGAAUAUGUCCCCGCGUCAUGGAUCACUCUGGUACACAUCAAGUCCCUGUACUACAAGGGGCGAUCUCACCAGCAUGUGGCCGAGGCUCUGCUCUGCUUCACAGGAGACGCGCAGCAAGAACCCGAAGACGACGUCGGGCUCAGCAGCAGAGCGCAGGAAAUACUGCAGUAUCUGCACAAGCCUCCUGAGGAGGGUCAAAGUGACACUCUCUUCCUUGACUUCACCAUGCCCUCCAAUGCUAAAGAGAGAACUUAUUUGGGUCUAACGCACGGCCGUGAAGCAGGAGUGCAGUACGAAGAAGCGCUCCGUCAACAGCGCAUGUGCCGUGACCUGAGUAAGCGGCAGGCGCUCACGGACGUGCUCAGGGCAGGACACGCCUCCAUCAACAGUCUCCUGCAGGACUUCGAAGAACAAAACGAUCUUAUGGCCAUAUUUGAUCCUCCUCCCAUCAUGCCCUCGACGAAGAUCCAACUGACGCUCGCGACGCCCGACUUCACACGGCACCGCGUAGACGACGCAUUCCACGCGCUGGGCCCCGUGUCCAGCUUCUCGGCCAAGAAGACGUGGACCGCGCCGCGGCCGAUCCUCCUCAAGAAGACCGAGCGCCAGGGUCUGGGGUUCUCGGUCAGGGGCGACGCGCCCGUCGCAAUUGCUGCCGUUGACCCUGGCAGCCUGGCCGAGCGCGCUGGGCUGCAAGAAAACGACAUCGUGGUCGCCAUCGGCGGCCAGGACGUCAAGUGGAUGCCGCACGACCGCGUCGUGGCGGCCAUACGUGAGAGCGGCGACUGCCUUCACAUGAUGGUGGUGUCUCCCUUGCAGGCGCCCCCUUACUACCACCAGCUCAGUAAAUGCAAGAGUCUGAAGGAUCUCUCGACGCACUCAACCGCGAGCUCAAGUAGUGGCGUGAGCAGCAGCGGCAGCAGCAGCACCCGCAGCAGCAAGUAUGGCUCCAUCGGCACCCGAUUUAACGACUCUUCCCUGAACAACAAUCGUUUUAGUGAUACUUCUCUCCCGAACUCCAGGACCAGCAAUCGGGCGAUGGACUCCUCCACACAGUUCGGUCCCGUGCACCGCAUCAGAGACCCCAAGUUACUCGGUUCCUUAAACAGCUCUGCUUCAGGUCACAGAGACAAGCGUCUUAGCUGGAAUCCUUUCAGGAAGACAUUAUCGAAAGACAGACUAAAAGCAGACUCCAUGAAUGAUUGUAAUCUCAUAGCUCGAUGAUUUUGUAUAUCUUGCCAUUAAGUAACGCGAAUGGAAUGUAUUGCAGGAAUGAUAAAACUGUACAGUGUACACGUCACGUUGUGAUUCAGUGCUUGUAAUGCCGUCUCGCGACGAUGGCUGGCUUAGUCAUUUACUGAAGCUCCUGCGCUGUAAAUACAGCCGUUUCACGUUUUAUUAAGUCAAUAUAAUUGUUUUUCAUUUAUAAAUAUUAGAGUCUAGAGCAUAGCAGUGAAUGAUUGACUGAAACGACAAAAAAUUUCGUAUUUUUGCUUUACCUCGUGCGUUUCGUAAAUGUGUAAUACUGUUACUAGGCAUCAGUGGAUGUUCCUCCUGCUUCUUAACAAUUUCGCCUAAUUGUCGUCCUUCAGUUUGUAUGUAUUUAUGAUUUGCAUAAGAUAUCACAAGUCUAUUGCCCACCUAUUUUAAGUUUACGUUCGAAGGCUGCGAAUCGAUGUGUAAAUAAAGUCAUCCUGAGCGGGUCGAGCUUUCGAUCGACAUCGCCAUCCAUUUGACGACUCCUCAUCGUUUCAUAAUACGAGUCGCCAAAUAUAUUCCUAUUAAUAAUCAUCUACCUAUAACUAUGGACCAUUAACAUCCUCUAUUAGAAUGUAUAUCAUCCGUAUUGGAUGAUAAACGUUGCCCUCGUCUUCCUAACAUUAUCAGACCUGACCUAUUCUUUAUCGUCUGACGACCUGACCUUGUCAUUGACUUCGCCCAUCCAUUGUUAUUGGACCUUAUACACCUAAUGUAAUUAUCCAACUAGUUUUACCAAAUAAUGAUCAUAUAAUAGUCCUUUUGUUUUUACUGUAUUUGACCAUCUUGAUGUCUGUUCUUGUGAGGAUCGUGCUGAAUCGCUUGCUAAUGACCUCUUAAAUUUGCAUACGUCUCCUGCUAUGGCGACCGCUCACUGAAACAAAAUUUCUCGAUAUCUUUCCAAAGCGGUAUCACGUCUUCUUAUUCAAUAAUUUGAUCACCCGACAGCCUUCACUAUCGUGUUUAGCAAACGCGCCAAACUCGACCAGAGUAUUGGCAGUUGAGCCGGUUGCUUCAUUUAUAUCGGCAAUUGCUCGUCAUCAUGACUGACGACUUAAUUUGACUCGUAAAGAAGAUAUGUUUUAAUGCAUUGUGUCGACCUUGUAUGUGGAUGUAUUGGACGAUUAUAAUGAUAAUACUGCGAUUGUUUUAGGCCAUUUAUGAAUGUAUAUUAUUUGAAGUAUAUAUUUUAUUUGAA